GGUUGGCGGCGUGUGGCAUUUAUGCCCAUUAGACUCUUCUGCGUGGGAAUAUUUCUACGAUUUUCUCCGAUCAUGCUUACUUUCGAUGAACGCGCAUCGACUGCUGCGAUGUAACGCCGGAAUGUCAAACAUUUUGAAGCUUCAACUACCGCAAUCGAAAUGUCGGAUUCAAGUUUUCAGCGUCUGGAAUCACCUAAAUUUGCGAUUGGAUCACCGCGAGCUCGCAAUACGAAGCAUUUGCAGCAGGAACUUAUUCGAGCCAGUGACAGGAAAAAUCGUUCCAGCAAAAAGGUGCUAAAUCGUUUCUUACUCAGCGAUCCGUACGAGGGCCAGCGACGGGUGAGAGAGGCCCACAAACACAUAUCACAAUAUGACCAGCGGCUUCAGAAUGCGGUGGAUUUGUAUAUCACCAGUGAACUUGCAAAACGACAAAUCCCAGCUUUACAAAUCAAAAAUCACGAGCAACUAGUGCAAAACAUUGUGAAUCAGUUUUUCGAACAGGAUCCCAUCAUUCAGCGGAAAUUCAUCAGAGCAUCGCUUUUAUCCCAGCCCAAACAAACCGUUGUCUGCUCGGAUCCAUUUCUCAUAUUUUUGAAUUUGCACAGAAAACAAUCGAACAUUGAUCGUGAGCUGAGUCGCGUCCGGAGUGGUGAAAACAUUGACAUUGGAACAUUUUCGCACAAUAUCGAAAGAGCCGAAGCCGGUGAAGAAGUGGACCCAACACGACUACGGUUGAUUUCCUGGGACCGUUUUGUGGCCGACGCUAAAGCCACCUGGAAGAGGAUGAAUCCCGAUCAAAAAAUGCCAUUUUUUGUGCAGGCAUUUCUCGCGAUACAAUUUCCGGAAAAGUUAGACCAAGCGUUGUAAUAUGUACUAUAUUCGAUUGGAACAAAAUACAGCCUAACAAUCGAACUGAAUAAGCAGUUAUCCCGGUAUUUUCCCAUGUCUCACACUAACCCUUUUCACGCUUCGACAAAACUGUUGGAUCCUACCGACGGGAUUCUGAAAAACGAUAUUACUUUCGGAAGCCAGAGCCAUAACCGGCGGAACGGUCGUCGAGACCCGCGUCGGCUGGAAGAAAUGAAUAUAUGACAUACAUAAAUAAGAAAUU